UAAUUAUUAUCAAACAACCUCUAAUUAAAUAAUCUUUAUACUACAAAUAGUUUGUUUUUGCUGCUGGAAGAAUUUAUAAUUCAUAGUUUUGGAUUAAAACAACAGUAUUAUACUAUUAAAACUAAAAUUAUUUUAAAAAUAGAUUUUAUUUCUAACAUGGCAUUAGCUAAUUUACUGAAUGGUGCCAUUGACAAUAUGGCAAAAGAAGAAACUGAAGAAAAAGAAAAGUUAUCAGAGUUGUAUAUAACAUUGUUUGAUAUUGAAAAAAUAAGAAAAAGUAAUGAAGUUAUGAUUAAUGAAAUAAAUGUGACCCAAGAUCAAGUUAUUAAAGAGGGAAUGAUGGAUCCUGAAGCUCAAAAAUUAUUGCUUAAUUGUUAUGAAACUGCUGAGCAAGAAGCAAUUCAAGAGGAUGAAAUUUUAAGGAGAGCCUUAUCAAUUAUUAAUGAAAUUAGAAAUAUCCAUCAUCAAAAAAUAAAAUCUUUACUUCAAUCUCAACGAAGUUCUACAUUUUUAAAAUUAUUACAAAUAUCUGCAAUUCGAAUCCCAUUGUGGGUACCUUCAAAUGAUGAACAACCACCACCACUUUGUGGCGCUAUACCUCCUGAUUCAUCAUAUAUAGCAAAAAGUGGAGACUUAGUUGCUGCAUUAGUUCAACAAUCAGGCGAAGACCGAUGGAUAGUAGCAGAAGCAGUUGGAUUUAGUAAUGGAAAGUACCAAAUAGAAGAUAUUGAUGUAAAAGAAACAAAUCGUAAUUUUACUUUACCAAAAGACAAUGUCAUACCUUUACCUCUUAUGAGAGCUGAUCCAGUAACAUGCCCUGAUGCAUUCUUUUGUUGUGAUCAAUUUGUUCUGGCUAUGUAUCCUCAGACAACUUGUUUUUUUAAAGCACUUGUCAAAGCUCCACCAAAAACAAGUAAUGAUGGUUAUGAAGUGCUUUUUGAAGAUGAUUUUAAACAGUAUACAAUAAUGAUGGUUGUAGCCCAACGUUAUGUUGUCUCAUCACCUGAUUAAAUUUUAACUAAAUCAUUGUACAGUGUAUAUAUUUAUCAUUUUUAAGCACAAAAAAAAAAAUUAUAGCAUUUUUUCAAUUUUUUAUAAAGUUUGUUUUUUAUUUAAAAAUUUAUAAAAUACUUUACAAACUGAUAUUAAGACAGUAGUAUAUAUAUAUAUAUCAUAUUAUUUAUAAAGCAUACUAGUUUAAUAAGUAUAAUUUUGUUUUUAUUUAUAGAAGCAUUCAAAAUGUGAAUAAAACUAUUAAAUUUGUUACAGGCACUUAAUUGCCAUACCUAUGUAGCAGUUAUGUGUAUGUAUCCACGUGUUGACAAUAUUCAUAGCUAGUAGUUCAAGGUAUUUUGCUGCCUUAAUCUAAAUCAUGUGAUGUGCCUUUUAUAUUUUUUCAGAAUGUUUUCUUUUUAUAAUUAUUUUAUAUUUUAAAUAAAUACACUUUAAAAUUUGAAAA